AAAAACAACAUAAUUUAAUUGAUGUAUAUGUUUAAAGUAAUGCUUUUUUAUUUAUUAUAGCUAUUUUUUUUAAAGUGAUUAGGUUGAGUUAGUUGUUUGCAAUAAUGUAUACUUGGGUUUAACUUGGUUGUCAAAUAUCACUGCCGAAAUAUUUGCAAAAUUUUCCAGGACUUUAUUAUAAUUUUAUUAUUCUCAAAAUACGGUGAAGUCGAUUUUGUGACUUCCUAAUAAAUUCAUACCAUGGAUUAAAGAACAAUGUGUGUGUAGUUACGGCGGUGUUCUACACAAAAUAACAUGUCUAACCAAGUAGGCCCAUUCGUGGCUGGGCUGAAGUCUCGGAAUGUGGAUUUACAAAUCAAAACAGCUCGUGAGCUGUAUCACUAUGCGAAGACCGAGCUUCGCGAGGUGCCGCAAGAGGAGCUCACGCAUUUCCUGGAUGAGUUCAACCACCAGAUCUUUGAGAUGGUAUCCAGCAGCGACGUCCACGAGAAGAAGGGAGGGGUGCUUGCUAUUGUGUGCCUAAUUGGAGGGGACUGUGACACUACUAAGACAAGGAUUACCAGGUUUGCUAACUAUCUCCGUAACCUGCUCCCAUCUUCAGAUGUGGGAGUGAUGGAACUAGCAGCCAAGACUGUUGGAAGACUGGCUACUGUGUCAGGAGUAAAAAGAGCCGAGUAUGUUGACUUUGAGGUAAAAAGAGCAUUUGAAUGGCUCUCAGAGGAAAGAAAUGAAGGCAGGAGGCACUCUGCAGUUCUACUUCUGAAAGAAAUGGCCAUUGCAAUGCCUACUUACUUCUACCAACAAGUUUCAGGCUUCUUUGACCAUAUUCUUGUAGCUUUAAAAGACCCUAAACCACAAAUUCGGGAGGCUGCGGCCAAAGCUUUAAGAGCAGGCUUAGUGGUUACAACUCAGAGAGAAUCUGCUAAGCAAUCUACAGCCAAGCCACAAUGGUACAUGCAAUGUUAUGAAGAAGCUAUGCUCUCUUUUGAAGAGAUCCCAACCAAAGAAAAAGGUAUCACCAAAGAAGAUAGAGUUCAUGGGGGCCUACUGAUCUUGAAUGAGCUCCUGAGAUGUUCUAAUGCUGCAUGGGAGAAGAAAUACACAACACUUAUGCAGAGUUUGGAUACAAGGAAGGAUAAUAUUAAGUCAGAUGAUAUAAUAUUUUUGAGCGCGAAGCUGCACAGUCCGUCUGUAAAGAGAGGAUAUUUGUGUGAUGGAUUUAAGACUGAAAAUGUUACAUACCCGGUUUCCAUUUAUGAGUCUGCUGUAUGCAGAGCUCUGUUGACUGAAAAAUUUGAAAGAAUAUGCUAUGAUGUAAUGGCUCAGCGCAUGCUUAAAACUCAGGGAGUACCCCAGAUUUUGCUUAUAAUAAUUCCUCGAUUGGCUGCAUUCAACAAGGAAUAUUUCUUAAAGAAGUACUUUAGUACCACCAUGAACUUCUUGCUAGCAUCUCUGUCAACUCUCCGCAGUCGCGAGAGGGAUAGAAACAUGGCCUUCACUACUAUUGGCCUUGUGGCUGCCGCUAUUGGUAGUGAAAUCAAAGGCUACAUUCCUAGGAUUAUGGAUGUGAUCAAACAAGCUCUCCCUGUGAGAGACUCGCAGAGCAAGAGACGGAUGUACAUAGACCCAUCAAUCUUUGCAUGCAUUGCUUUACUGGGCAGUGCUGUUAAAGAUUUGGUUGUAAAUGAUAUCAGAGAGCUACUGGACGCGAUGUUCGCCACUGGACUUAGUCCAUCAUUGACCAUCUGUCUGAAAGAACUAAGUGAAAAUCUUCCAGAUCUCAGGGGGGAGAUAUCGGAAGGUUUGCUAAAUAUGUUGUCACUAGUACUAAGAAAUAAGCCCUUCUUACAUCCAGGCGUACCAAGAAGCCUGGAACAGCAGAUGAGCACCAUGAGUAUGGGCACGGAACCUCAGGACACCGCUAGCAUUGUUCUAGCUUUGAGGACACUUGGCACAUUUCAGUUUGAGGGGCAACAUAGUUUACUGACUUUUGUGAGGCGCUGCGCUGAUCAUUUCCUUCAAAGUGAUCAGCAAGAAGUCAGAUUGGAAGCUGUCAAAACUGCUGCAAAAUUGCUUGCGGAUGCAACAGUGAGAACUAUGAAAACUCCAUCACGCACGCUCACCAUACUAACUGCCGAAGUUAUAGGGAAGCUGCUAGUAGUGUCAGUGACAGAUCCAGAUUAUGAAGUGCGUUAUUGGGUCCUUGAAUCACUGAACGAAAUCUUUGACUCUCACUUGGCUCAAAUAGAAAAUCUGAAUUUCUUGUUCAUUGCUAUGAAUGAUGAACAACUGGAGAUACGAGAGCUAGCCAUCUGCGCCGUGGGGCGGCUGAGCACCGUCAAUCCGGCUUACGUGAUGCCUGGACUCAGAAAGACUUUGAUACAGUUCCUCACUGAGCUGGAACACUCAGGUAUGAGCAGGAACAAAGAACAGGCAGCUAGAAUGUUAGAUAACCUGAUCAGGCAUGCUCCACGCCUCGUAAGACCCUAUAUGGAAACAAUCCUUAAUGUUCUUGUACCCAAAUUAAAGGAGUCUGAAGCAAAUCCCGGAGUCGUAAUCAGCGUGCUAAAGGCUGUUGGAGAUUUGGCAGAUGUCAAUGGAGACAACAGCGGACUUAAGAAAUGCUUACCAGAGCUAUUAGCUAUCCUUCUGGAACUGCUAUCUGAUGCUAGCGCGACAGACAAGAGAAGCGUCGCCCUUUGGGUUUUCGGCCAACUCAUCAGUGCUACUGGAUAUGUCGUAGUUCCAUACACAGAAUAUCCAAAUCUCAUGGAUGUACUUUUAAACUUUUUGAAAACGGAGCAGCAACCAAAAGACAGGAGAGAAACUAUUCGCGUCCUUGGACUGUUGGGUGCUUUAGACCCAUACAAGCAUAAACUGACGCGGGGCUUAAUCAACGGACAGCCAGACUCCAGUCUAGUUCCCGUAGCCGAUAGCAAGGCUGAUGAGAAUAAUUUCGACAUGACAACUAGUGAAAUGCUUGUGAACAUGUCCUCGCCUGUACUUGACGAGUAUUAUCCGGCUAUUGUGAUAUCAACCUUAAUGAGAAUUCUUCGGGAUCCAACACUUCAACAGCACCACACAAGUGUUGUCCAAGCAGUGACUUUCAUCUUUGAAUCGCUGGGCAUAAAGUGCGUUCCGUACAUAUCCCGAGUCACGCCAAGUUUGCUCUACGUCGCUCGUGCGGCGGAUACGAAUUUCCGGGAGUUCCUUUUCACUCAACUAGCGAGACUUAUUGCUAUCGUGAAGCAACACAUUCGCAAUUAUUUGGAUAAAAUCUUUGACUUAAUCAAAGAAUUCUGGACUCCUAACAGUCCUUUGCAACCAACCCUUAUAUUGCUGGUAGAACACAUAGCUGUAGCACUCGGUUCAGAAUUCAAAGUCUACCUGCCUCAGUUGAUGCCACAAAUCCUAAGGGUUUUAGCUCAUGACACAAGCAAAGACAGAAUGGUAACUGAGAAACUGUUGUUUGCCUUGCAGAAGUUCGAAGACAACUUAGAUGAUUACAUGCAUCUAGUCAUUCCAUCAAUUGUGAAACUUUUCGACGCGACUGAUUGUCCUAUUUCAGUCGCAAAAGUGGCCAUGGAGACUGUCGAUUACCUCUCAGAUUCCUUAAACUAUAAUGAGUUGGUGUCUAGGAUUAUCCAUCCGUUAGUGAGAAGCAUGGAUAUCUGUGCUCCGCUGCGACCUACAGCUAUGGACACGCUUUGCGCUCUAAUAGUGCAAUUAGGCCGAAAAUACUUAGAUUUUAUCCCACUGGUGCAGAAGAUAGUGACUAAGCAUAGAAUACAGCAUCAGAACUAUGAGCUCCUGAUGUCGAAGCUGCAGUCGAAUUCCUCAUUGUCCGUUGACGAGUUCUUGCAGAGCACAAGAAGGAAGCCAAGGAACAAUAAUCAAGAGGCGCGUAUCGUGGUGUGCGACACAUCGUCGUCUAUACGCAAGCUAUUCGUGAACGCUCACAACCUGAAACUAGCAUGGACCGUGAGCAGCCGCGUGUCCAAAGACGACUGGCUGGAGUGGCUCCGGCGGUUCAGCAUCGGCCUGCUCACCGAGUCCCACAGCCCCGCGCUCAGGGCGUGUCUGGCGUUAGCACACAACUACUCCCAGCUGCUGCGCGACCUGUUCAACGCGGCCUUCGUGUCCUGCUGGACGGAGCUGGAGGCCCCCGCGCGCGCCGAGCUGCAGCGGGCGCUGGAACAGGCGCUCACGGCGCCCGACGCGCCAGAGCUGGCGCACACCGUGUUGAACCUGGCCGAAUUUAUGGAGCACUGCGACGCGGGAGCCUUGCCUAUAUCCACGCACUUGCUCGGGGAGAGGGCUAUGCACUGCCGUGCCUACGCGAAGGCCUUGCACUAUAAGGAGGAAGAGUUCCGCAGCGGCGCAACAUCUCAAGUGGUAGAAGCGCUCAUCCACAUCAACAACAAACUACAGCAAAAAGAGGCGGCCGAGGGCCUCCUCGAGCGAGUUAUGGCGAAACGAGAGGAUGGCGACACCCGCCUGCAGGUCCAAAUCCGCUGGUACGAGAAACUUCACAACUGGGAGAAGGCCUUAAACCUCUACGGAGAGAAACUGUCCCACGACGCCAACGACAUGGAUGCGUACCUAGGUGAACUGCGCUGCUUCGAGGCUCUAGGGGAAUGGGUCAAACUAUACAACACUGUCUCUAAGAGGUGGCCUCAAAUGACCAAUGAUGAGAAGUUUAAAGCUGCGAGACUGGCCGCCGCUGCCGCUUGGGGUCUUAACGAGUGGGACUCGAUGGCUAAAUAUGUCAGUUUCCUCCCAGAAAAUACUCAAGACGGAGCUUUCUACAGAGCGGUACUCGCCAUACAUGACGGCGAAUUUGAUAUCUCCAAACAGUUCAUAGAUCAAGCCAGAACCUUGCUUGAUUCAGAAUUGACGGCCGUUGCAGGAGAAAGCUACCAGAGAGCUUAUGGUGCGCUGGUCAACGCGCAACUCCUAGCUGAAUUAGAGGAAGUUAUUACUUACAAACUGAUUAAUGAAAGAAGAGACACUAUUAGACAAGCGUGGUGGACGAGAUUACAGGGCGGACAGAGGCUAGUCGAAGACUGGAGGAAGAUCCUGCAAGUGCGCGGCUUGGUCUUGACUCCUCAUGAAGACAUGGCUACUUGGCUGAAGUUCGCCUCACUAUGCCGUAAGAGUGGCGCUCCUAGACAAGCGCAUAGGACUCUAGUCAUGUUGUUAGGAACGGAUCCAAGUAAAAAUACAGAAAUGCCGCUCCCUACCCACGAACCCCGCCUCACGCUCGCUUACGCUAAGCAUCUUUGGGUAGCCGGUGACAAGCAACUAGCCUACAACCAGUUACAGCGCUACGUGGAAUCCUCUGAAACCGGAGACUCCGAUAACUGCCGACUUCUCGCCCGUUGCCAUUUGAAACUUGGGGCCUGGUGCGAAUCCCUAUUAGGCAUCAAUGAGACAUCCAUCCCGGAAAUUCUAAGAAAUUACUCCUCAGCGACACAGUUGUCUCCAGACUGGUACAAAGCUUGGCACGCCUGGGCUUACAUGAAUUUCGAAAGCGUAUUAUUCCACAAACACCAAGAUCCUAACCCUGAGAACGCUGAAAGCGUCGACAAGAAAGACUCUGAAUUCGUCGAACAAUAUACAGUACCAGCCGUGGACGGGUUCUUUAAAUCUAUCAAUCUUUCUCACGGAAGCUCUCUACAGGACACGCUCAGAUUGCUAACUCUAUGGUUCGACUACGGUCAUCACCCGGCCGUCCACGAGGCUCUAGUCGAUGGUAUUCGAACCAUCGAAAUAAACGUAUGGCUGCAAGUGAUACCUCAGUUGAUCGCCAGAAUCGAUACGCCUCGCGCUUUAGUUGGCAAGUUGAUUCAUUCUUUGCUAAUCGAUAUUGGAAAAUCGCAUCCGCAAGCGCUAGUCUAUCCUCUGACGGUGGCUUCAAAAUCUUCCUUCAUAGCUCGGAAGAACGCCGCCAACCAGAUUUUAAAAUCCAUGUGCACUCAUUCCAGUAACUUGGUGAACCAGGCAGCCAUGAUAUCUGAAGAGUUGAUUAGGGUUGCUAUUCUAUGGCACGAGCAAUGGCAUGAAGCUUUGGAAGAGGCGUCUAGAUUGUACUUUAGCGAGCACGAUGUCAAAGCCAUGUUCAAGACGCUGGAGCCUUUGCACGCUAUGUUGGAGCGAGGCCCGCAGACCACCAAGGAGGUGUCCUUCACCCAGGCGUAUGGAAGAGACCUGAACGAGGCGCAGGAAUGGUGUAACCGAUUCAAGGAAACAAACGCGGUCCGUGACCUGAACCAAGCGUGGGACCUGUACUACCAUGUGUUCCGCCGCAUCAGCCGGCAGCUGCCGCAGCUGACGUCGCUGGAGCUGCAGUACGUCAGCCCGCGCCUGCUCAACUGCCGCGACCUGGAGCUGGCCGUGCCGGGCUCCUACGUGCCCGACCUGCCGCUCAUCCGCAUCGCGCACAUACAGAGCAGCCUGCAGGUCAUAACUUCGAAGCAGCGUCCGCGCCGGCUCUGCGUGCGCGGCUCCAACGGCAAAGACUACAUGUUCCUCCUGAAGGGCCACGAGGACCUGCGGCAAGACGAGCGCGUCAUGCAGCUGUUCGGGCUCGUCAACACCCUACUGCAGGCCGACCCGCACACUUUCCGGCGCGACCUCAACAUACAGAGAUAUGCCGUGAUCCCACUGUCGACCAACUCCGGCCUCAUAGGCUGGGUGCCUCACUGCGACACCCUACACUCCCUUAUUCGCGACUACCGCGAGAAAAGGAAGUGUCUUCUCAACAUCGAGCAUAGAAUCAUGCAGCGCAUGGCCUCGGACCUGGAGAAACUCAUGCUCAUGCAGAAGGUGGAAGUGUUCGAGCACGCCCUCGAGCACACGGCGGGCGACGACCUCGCCAAGCUGCUGUGGCUGAAGAGCCCCUCAUCGGAAGUGUGGUUCGAGCGCCGCACCAACUACACGCGCUCGCUCGCCGUCAUGAGCAUGGUGGGCUACAUCCUCGGGCUGGGCGACCGGCACCCGUCCAACAUCAUGCUGGACCGCGUCACGGGCAAGUUCCUGCACAUCGACUUCGGCGACUGCUUCGAGGUGGCCGUCACCCGGGACAAGUUCCCCGAGAAGAUCCCUUUCCGGCUCACGAGGAUGCUCAUCAAUGCCAUGGAGGUAACGGGCAUCGAGGGCACCUACCGGCGCACGUGCGAGUCCGUGAUGGAGGUGCUGCACCGGCACAAGGACAGCGUGAUGGCCGUGCUGGAGGCCUUCGUGUACGACCCGCUGCUGAACUGGCGGCUCAUCGACGCCGGCCGCCGCUCGCGCGCCGACGACGCGCCCGACGCCUCGCCGCUGCCCAGCCGCGGCCGCCUGCCCGCCGGCCCCGCCGGCCCCGCCGGCCCCGUCGGCCCCGCCGGCCCCGCCGGCCCCGCCGGCCCCGCCGAGCCGCUGGACCAGCCCGCCGAGACCAACCUCAACAAGCGGGCGCUCGGUAUAGUCAACCGCGUCCGGGACAAGCUCACCGGACGCGACUUCCCGCACAUUGAUGAAACGGUCUCGGUCCAGAAGCAGGUUGAGCUGCUGAUUCAACAGGCGACGAGCAAUGAGAAUCUUUGUCAGUGUUAUAUUGGAUGGUGUCCGUUUUGGUAAAGCCUAUUGUGCCUGUUAAUCUUUUAUUACCUAAGCUUUCAAGUUAUAGAAUCAACACGCUUCCGUUUUCCAAACACAUUUGCUGCCAAGAACCCGCUAGGUAAGCUAGAUAUUAAAUCGAUUUUGAGCGAAAUCCCUCUCGCUGAUUCAUGACAUUUAUACUUUUUAAGCCCUUAAAGUGAGAUUGGGAUUCGGUCCAACCGUUCACGUUAUUAUAGUAUGAAUUAAUCUCAGAUGUUUUUUUCCGGCUCGGUCCCUAAUCAGUUAAACAAAAACCUUUGUUUCUAUAUGCAGAUAUAGAGUCAUUGUCGAUAACCGCCUGUUUUCUACUGUAUACUAUUGUAAUUAUGCUUACAUUUAUUGUAUUUUAAUCAUUUGGCAUCAAACAUAAAACAUUGCACUGGAUGUAUAUAACGUAAGCUUAAUAAUAAGAUAUAACUGACUAAAGUGACUAAUGACUAUAGAAACCUAUAUAGGACCUUAUUACAGUGAUAUAAGGUCUACCAAUGGUCAGUUAAGUGUGUUGCUGUUAGGUGACAACCAGAGCUCACUAAUUAUUACCACAUGUCCAGAGCCACAGAGAACCGUACUAUAGUUCGAUUUCUUAGCAUUUGAAAAAGGUAACCAAUCUUGACGUGUCUUUUUAUUGAAAAAUAUUGAAAAACGCUUUUUAAAAAUUGGUUUUGUAAUCAAACAAAUUUAACACAUAUCAGUGAAAGAAUAAGGAUCACAGUCACAUGACGUUCUAAAAGUUUUAACAUGUGUUGAAAGAUGGAAGUAAAUUUACUUUGACAAUCCACCUCUAUUUCAAGCUCUAUUACUAAGAUCAAAGUGAGUUUUCGUUGUCAACUGACUAUAUAUUAUAAGCAAUCAAAGUUAUAAUACGUUCCUUUAUUUCGGUCUUGAAGUCAUUUAUUAAUGUGUAAGUUAAUGCUACUAUUCUAGAUUUAUAUGUUGUAACUUACAAUUUAUACGAAAUAGAUGUGCCUAUACCAAUGGUUGCCAUUUCAUGUCUAGGUUAAGGUUAAACUAUUUAAGCCAAAGCUUUGUUAAGUCUCAUAUAAUCUCACAAAUGUCGGUCCCUUGAACAAUUAACGUUAAUAACAGAAUGUAAAAAAAAGUAUACGUGACUCAGUCAAUCAGCCGAGCAAUCAAGUUUACAAACAUCUUGUAAAAAUAACGCCCUUAAGACAAUGACGAUAAGGUCGUGUAAAUAUUUGCUUGGAACGUUGGCUUGCGAAGAUGUUUGUUUGUACCUUAUUGACCGAAUGAACAAAUCACGUGUUUUUUAUAUUGUCUUCAAAUCAAGCAGUGGCGCCUAAAUUUAUAACGAAUAAUUAUUUUAAUUAUACUCAAUGGCGAUGAUGAUGACAUCGUAAUGUGGAACACUGUUGAGUCAGUCAAGGAUAGAUAUAUUAUAACAGCCAAGGCAUAUGUCUACAAAUAUGUCUGAGCAUGUACUCUAACGCCUUGAGAAUAGAGUCGUGUUCAGAUAUGUUUAUCGCUUUAGCCGCUCUGAUAUAUCUGAUGGUGAUUGUACUGAUUUGGACAAUGCGUCACAUGCGUUGGGAGUAGGCAGGCACUGUCUCCAUAGCUGCUGUAAAAUACAAUACUUGGUACCUCUUUCUUUACAAAAUUUUAUGCAAUUUUCUAAUAGCCAUAAAGUUAAUCGUUAGUUUAGAAUUAAGUGCAGCAUCGUAUCGUGUAAUGUAAAUAUUGUUAGAUAAUAAUAUGUGACCACGGCCGGCAAAACGUCCCAUUUUGUCGCUUGCCAUAAGGACAAGAUUUGCUUGUAUCUUUAUACGUAUAGCCUGACAAAGCGUCCUUAUGGCAAGCGAAAAAAAUGGGACGUUUUGCCGGCCGCGUCACAUAUUUUCUAUAUCACUAUUAAUUGUAUGUAUAUAUGUAUCCAUAGAAACGAACAUUAUCUAGUUAAGUGACUGAAGAAUCUAGAUUUUGUCAGCUGAAGAAGAUGGCGCCGCACGGUGCCAUAUUUUAGUGACUGUGUUGUCAGAAGUUCUCUGGUGUGCAAAUCGUAUGCAUUUGUUGUGAUAUUACAUAGUUAAUAUGUAUGUAAAUUGGGAUAUCAUAAGUUUAAUAAAUUUUAUCAAACAUU